AAACAACCGAAGAAGUGUAAACGGAAGUGAACAGUAACCAAGAACAAUAUCCACGGCAGCGUUGUUAUUGUUAUUUAGACAUUUAUCACCUUGGAACUUAAAAUAUUACUUAUGUAACUGCACAGCAUCACAUACUUACCCCGGGCAGUGUUUAAUUCGCGUUGGAGACAGGACUUGGUUGAUAGAUGUAAUCAAGGUAACGCUAGCUAGCUGCUAACGUUAGCUAACAACAAUGGCUAACUGUAGGCCUAUGGUUUUUCACACUCAAAUAGUCUCCAUCAUGGAGGUGUUAGCGAAUGCAGCUGUGGCAGACAUCUGUAAACUCGUAGACGACGACUAUGCAGUGUUUCGUUUGGAAAUAACUCAAAGUCAGAAUGAAAGCAGGGCAUUACGGAGGAAACUACAGCUACUUGAAAUGAAGGUGACACGGGAGCGCGCAGAGAGAACAACGCGAGAGCGCGCACUCUCCAGUCGUCCCAGUAGUGUCAAGAUCCUCGACCGAUACAAAGGAAUGGCAAGAGGUGAAGGACAUCUCACUGGAGGCCACAGGAGCUCUGUGAAACCAGCGGGUCACAAUACAUUGAGAGAUGACCAACCAAUCACUGUUGAUGAGGGUAGUGGAACCUCAACCCAGCAUGUUAUUGUGAUAGAGUCUGCAGAUGAAAAUGCAGCAGGUCCUGGGGUCAAGCUGGAGAGGACUGAACGAGAGAAGGACCCACGGCACCAGACUGGAGCAGCGGCUGGCGUGUCGCCCUCUGUAGCCAGUGAGGAACUCGCCGCUGCGCCAAAGGCCAGGACCCGACGCAGGAUCACGGAGGAGGAGGAGAGUCCAGAGGUGCUGCUGGUGAAGGAGGAGGGGUGUGAGGAGGGUCUGGGGAACCCUGAGGGGCCCAUGGUCAUGGAGGACAACCAGACUACACCACCUCCUGAACCCACAGAGGAACCAGCUGAGCAGCAUAGGACCACACACAGUCUCACUGAGGAAGUAGACAUGGAGGAUGGGAAGCCUGAUCUGCUGCUGGUCAAAGAGGAGACAAUAGAAGAUGAACCAGAGAGCAUUGAUCUGCUGAGUGGACUAAAGAUGGGGGAGCAAGGUGAUUGGUUGGAGGAUAACAGAGGAGACUGGGUGGCCAUCUUGGAUUCCCAGACCCAGACUGCUGCAACCAAGGGCCCAGGGGACAACAUCACUGAGCAGGCCAGGACCAGAGGCGAGAUAGUGGAGGUCAGUGGAUGGGACAGCGACCUCAACUAUGGGCUGGGGAACAACACUGUUAACCGCAACCAGAAACAGACAGUCGAACACAAAACCACAACCGAACUUAGUCUUCAUGGCAACAGACUGGAUGAAACCAGGAUGAGGCGUAGAUUUGGUCUGCAGGGACGGGGAGGUGUCCGUAUGAGAACAGACACAGACUCGGCUAGCGAUGCUCCUUCCUGCUCCUAUAGUUGUGAUUCAGAGAGACUGAUGGGGCCUCAGGUUAACCCCCUAACAGGUGCUGCCUUCAACCUGCCUUCUAUAGGAUCUAUCAACUGGAACAUGGACCCUGCGACAACACAGACACUCCCUGGCCUUCAUCCUCCUCACACUCUCCUAAUGUUAAACCAGACCUCAGACAAUGCCAGUGCCUCAACAUUAAAUGGCUGCACAAGCCCAUUGACAAAUGACAGUAGUAGAGAUGGAAUGAGUAAAGGUGGCAGCAUCAAAGAGAAGCGCUUCCAGUGUUCGUUCUGUGGGAAAGCCUUCAGUUUCCCCAAACAGGUGGAGAUCCACCAGAGGAUGCACACGGGGGAGAAACCGUUCGGCUGCCAUCUGUGCCGGGCCAGUUUUUCUCAAUCGUCCAGCCUGAAUAGGCACCAGAGAGUCCACACAGGGGAGAAACCCUACAGCUGUACCCAGUGUGAGAAGAGGUUCUCCCGCCAGCACCAGCUGAAGAUGCACCUGAAGGUCCACACAGGAGAGAGGCCAUUUGCCUGUAUGCACUGUGGGAAGAGGUUCUCAGAGAAGAGCUACCUCAGGAUACACCAGCAGAAAAUGCACACGGCCCAUGUAUAGAGUAUAGUGACAUGUAAUGUAGUUAAUUAUGUUGUUUUUAUAUGUAGUGUGGAACUGGAUGAUGUGAACUGAGGAAAGAAUGAGUAUGAUGAGGCAGAGUAGAUGAUAUAGUGAUGGUUGGUGUGAAUAGUGUCUGUAAAAAUGCUUCACUGAUGAAGAGUGACAACCUGUCAUGUUGUUUUUAUUUAUUUAUUUAUUUCACCUUUAUUUAACCAGGUAGGCAAAUUGAGAACACGUUCUCAUUUACAAUUGCGUUUGAUCUGGUGUUUUAUAAUGAGUGCCUUAAUUCAUGUUUACUUGGCAUAAAGUAGUGAAGAUGUGUGUAAUGUAAGGUUGAACCUUUUCCCAAAGUAUUCUGGUUACCAUAUUGAGAAAAGUUAUUUUUUAUUUUUUUAUUUUUUUAUUUCACCUUUAUUUAACCAGGUAGGCUAGUUGAGAACAAGUUCUCAUUUGCAACUGCGACCUGGCCAAGAUAAAGCAUAGCAGUGUGAACAGACAACAACACAGAGUUACACAUGGAGUAAACAAUAAACAAGUCAAUAACAUGGUAGAAAAAAGAGAAUCUAUAUACAAUGUGUGCAAAAGGCAUGAGGUAGGCAAUAAAUCGAGUAAUUACAAUUUAGCAGAUUAACACUGGAGUGAUAAAUCAUCAGAUGAUCAUGUGCAAGAAGAGAUACUGGUGUGCAAAAGAGCAGAAAAGUAAAUAAAUAAAAGCAGUAUGGGGGGUGAGGUAGGUAAAUUGGGUGGGUAGUUUACAGAUGGACUAUGUACAGCUGCAGCGAUCGGUUAGCUGCUCGGAUAGCAGAUUUUUAAAGUUGUUGAGGGAGAUAAAAGUCUCCAACUUCAGAGAUUUUUGCAAUUCGUUCCAGUCGCAGGCAGCAGAGAACUGGAAGGAAAGGCGUCCAAAUGAGGUUUUGGCUUUAGGGAUGAUCAGUGAGAUACACCUGCUGGAGCACGUGCUACGGGUGGGUGUAGCCAUCGUGACCAGUGAACUGAGAUAAGGCGGCACUUUACCUAGCAUAGCCUUGUAGAUGACCUGGAGCCAGUGGGUCUGACGACGAACAUGUAGCGAGGGCCAGCCGAUUAGGGCAUACAGGUCGCAGUGGUGGGUCGUAUAAGGUGCUUUAGUAACAAAACGGAUGGCACUGUGAUAGACUGCAUCCAGUUUGCUGAGUAGAGUAUUGGAAGCUAUUUUGUAGAUGACAUCGCCGAAGUCGAGGAUCGGUAGGAUAGUCAGUUUUACUAGGGUAAGUUUGGCGGCGUGAGUGAAGGAGGCUUUGUUGCGGAAUAGAAAGCCGACUCUAGAUUUGAUUUUGGAUUGGAGAUGUUUGAUAUGAGUCUGGAAGGAGAGUUUGCAGUCUUGCCAGACACCUAGGUACUUAUAGAUGUCCACAUAUUCUAGGUCGGAACCGUCCAGGGUGGUGAUGCUAGUCGGGCGUGCGGGUGCAGGCAGCGAACGGUUGAAAAGCAUGCAUUUGGUUUUACUAGCGUUUAAGAGCAGUUGGAGGCCACGGAAGGAGUGUUGUAUGGCAUUGAAGCUCGUUUGGAGGUUAGAUAGCACAGUGUCCAAGGAAGGGCCGGAAGUGUACAGAAUGGUGUCAUCUGCAUAGAGGUGGAUCAGGGAAUCGCCCGCAGCAAGAGCAACAUCAUUGAUGUAUACAGAGAAAAGAGUCGGCCCGAGAAUUGAACCCUGUGGUACCCCCAUAGAGACUGCCAGAGGACCGGACAACAUGCCCUCCGAUUUGACACACUGAACUCUGUCUGCAAAGUAGUUGGUGAACCAGGCAAGGCAGUCAUUAGAAAAACCGAGGCUACUGAGUCUGCCGAUAAGAAUAUGGUGAUUGACAGAGUCGAAAGCCUUGGCCAGGUCGAUGAAGACGGCUGCACAGUAAUGUCUUUUAUCGAUGGCGGUUAUGACAUCGUUUAGUACCUUGAGCCUUGAGUACCUUAUUAUUCUGGCCACGUAUCGUUUUGUGCAAUAAAAGUACUGUAUUUCA